AUGCACCGUAUUGUUUCUCGCACUGCUAUCGCUUCCCCACUCAUCCGUCGAACACAGUUAUUGAACAGAGCUAAAUUACCGCAAUUACCCAUCAGAUCCUUCGCUACACAACAUCAACAACAACAUCAUGUAACUCGCUUACCGUUUAAGACUAUCACUGCUAGUGUUCUUUUGACAUCUUCCUUCUACAUGUACACUCAAAGUGUAGCUCAAGCCGAAGCUCAAAUGAAGGCUGCUACUCCUGCCUCUACCAUUGAUGAACUUCAUGACAAAGAAAACCGUAUUGCUGUUCACUCCAAGAGCACUGCAGAAUUAGCAAUGGCUUUGUUUGUUUACAGAUUAUGCGCUCUUCCAUGGCUCGUGGAUGCUGCUCCUCAUCUCAUUGCUAUCUCUGAGAAAUUCGGUCUCCAAGCUCCCGUCUACUGGUUUGUUAAGCAAACAUUUUUCCGCCAUUUUUGUGGUGGCGAGACUCCAGAGGAAUGUAUUUCUAGUAUGGACAAGUUGGCACAAUCUGGUAUCAACUGUAUUUUGGAUUUAUCCGUUGAGGCUGAUUUGCAUAUGGAUGCUAAUGCUCCUGCUUCUACUGAAGGUGGUAAAUAUCAUCGUGAUGAACAACAAGCUGAUGUUAUCGCCAAGAUGAUCAAGACCUGCAUGACCACUGCUGCUAGUAGCGUCAAGGAUAAUGCCAUGGUUGCUGUCAAGGUCACUGCUUUCUCUCCUCCUGAACUGUUGCUUCGUUUGAAUCAAGUCAUUGCUGCUUUGGAUCAAUCCUUCUUGGAGAAUCAAUCCAAUGGUUUCAUUGAUGCUCAAGGCAUUCGUCAAGUCAUGAACCGCGUUUUGCCAGCCCCCAUCUCUGAAGACCAAGCCAUGCAACGUGAAUCUCUUGUCGCUCAUUUGGAAAAGAACAAGGCUUCUUUAGAUGUCAUUGAAUUCAGAAAGUUGUUCAACUUGCAAGGUCCUGCUCGUGAUGUCUGGUGGAAGACUGACAGCCAAGAUGCCUCGUCUGUCUUGUUGACUUUAGAAGAUCUCGAGGCCUAUGAUCGUAUGAUUGCUCGUCUUGAAGAUACCUGUAGUCUGGCUUAUGAUUUGAAAGUGGGCGUCAUGGUAGAUGCUGAGCAAUCUUAUUUCCAGGAUGCUAUUGAUCACGUCGCUGUCAACUUACAACGCAAGUUCAAUGCCAACAAGAACCAACAACCCACCAUCUUCAACACUUACCAGAUGUACACCAAAUCUGCUCGAGGUAGACUUGAACUGGAUGUCGCUCUCUCUGAACGUGAAAACUUUACUUUUGCUGCCAAGUUGGUUCGUGGUGCUUACAUGGUCUCUGAACGCAAGCGUGCCGAGGAGAUGGGCUACAGCUCUCCUAUCUGUGAUACUUUGGAGGAUACCCAUGCUUCUUACAAUGGUGGCGUUCAGUUCUUAUUGAACAAGAUCAAGCAAUAUCAAGAUGCCACUGGUGAAUCUGUUACCAAUACCACUUCUCCUAUCGUUUUCAUGGUUGCUAGUCAUAACCGUGAUAGUGUCAUCUUGACUAUUGAAGAGAUGGAAAAGAACAACGUACACGCUCAAUCUGGUGUAGUUCAAUUUGGUCAAUUGUUUGGCAUGCAAGAUCAAUUAUCUUAUACUUUGGGUCGUAACGGUUAUGCCAUCUACAAAUAUUUACCGUAUGGCAUGAUUGAUGAAGUGAUUCCUUAUCUCUUGCGCCGUGCUCAAGAAAACUCAUCCGUAUUGGGUGGUGUUGCAGUAGAACGCCAAUUGAUGUGGGAAGAAGUCAAGGACCGCAUCACUGGUAAGGCAACUAAGCCUGUUUCCCCCAGUCCCGAUGUCACUAUCACCACCACUACCUCUGUUUAA